AUGGCCGCAUCUUCAGAUUCGGCAGGAUGUAAUGAGAGCACAGGCAGUAAUUCGGUGGGGGAUGAAUGUGGCUAUGGGUUGGCCGAGCUGGUUCUCAGGAACAGCUUGACUGCACUCGUGGUGGAUGGCACUGUGGGUCGGCUCAUAGCGAAUUACAUGCUGGAAUCAGUCGACGUCGAGACAAAGAUGGUCGUAAGCGGGCAGGAGGCGCUCGAGCUCACCGGAGCGCAUUACGACCUGAUCCUCGUCGACAGAUACAUGUCUGACAUGAGUGGUGUCGAGACCAUACGGCAGAUGAGGCAGAGAGGCGUGCGAAGCAAGAUCAUCGGCCUGACCUCCGGAGAGAUUGAGACUGAUAGGGUGGAAAUGAUGAAUGCUGGAGCUGAUGGCUGCCUGAAGAGGCCACUGUCUGAGGAAGCUUUGGCCGAUAUCCUGGCUGAGAUCGACUAUGAGAUCGACCACCGCUAA